AUUCACCCUCUUGAAUAAACCCCUCAACACUUUAUUCUAUUUUCUUUGAAGUUUCAGAAAUCAUUAAGAAUCCGAUUAGCCUGAUUGACAAUUAAUUAGGUUGGUAGGUCAUUGGUUAUAAAACAACUGUAAAAAUAAAAGCAACUAUAAAAGAAAAUAUUUGAGAUAACAGUGUCGACAUACUUAAUAAGACGAUUUUAAUAAAAAUAUAAAAAUAGUCUAAUAAAAUUUUAGAACCAUCCAUACGUCUGUUUUCUAUGGUAGUGUUUUGUACAAGACAGCAUAAAAAUUGAAGUCUAGCAAGGCAGAGACAUACUACUGAAUAUUUUGCAUUCAAAGUAAACGAAUAAUAAUGGGACAAAUUGCCAUAAUAAUUGGAUUACUUUUUGUAAUAAAAUGUUUCAUUUCUGCAGAAUCAAAUUUGAUUGUCAUUGAGCAAGGUGAUCCAGAUGACAAUAGUAAAGGCAUUACAUAUGAUAAUCUCGACUUCUUAUCACGGUUUACAAUGAACGCCCAGUAUUUUCUACCGAUACAAUGGUACUGCCCACAAGAUUGUUCAGAGUUUACAAAUUCAGGUUUUAUGUAUAGCACUUACUAUACAUAUGAUAAAAUACCUGAUAAUGAAAAAUGUUUAGGACGUGCACGUCAGUGUGCAACACAUAAGGAAAGAUCGCCUUAUCUUGAAUCAGUGUCUAUACAACACAUAUGGAAUUGGAUGGUCGGUGGUUUUAGUACUGAAAGUGACUAUUAUCGACUGAAAGUACAGCAAAACCGGAAAGAAAUUUGUCCUAUUUGUCGAUGCUACUGCGAUAACUCUGAGAAACCAAGUGCAACUGCUGCAGUUUGCUUGGAUAAAAUUUCAUCUGAUGUGGAAAGAGGAUAUGUUGUCACUGGUGUUCGAUUCAGAAUUAAAAACCGAGUUUUAAGAAUGCAAAUCCAACAAGGAAAAUUGAUUGAUAAUCAACUAAUCAAUCAAGACACUUUAGAGUGGCAAGAACUAGAUGAUUGCAAAUCUAAAAAAAAUAUGAGUUACGAUUAUAGAGCUUUACAAACAGAUGACAUAACUCUUCCGAAUGAAUAUUUUGUCACUGGUCUUUCUUUUCGUCAUGAUGAUGUUUAUCAAAGGAUUGUUUUAUCACUCUAUGGAAAAAAACUUCGUGACUUGAAAAAUACGACUAUCAAAGCUGUAGAAUACUGGAGACCGUCUGAUAGCAGAACUAAUUUGAUAACACCUAACAUGAAUAUACCUAUAGUUUCACAAUUGAAAAAUAAAGAAUUAAGUCAACCAGAUAAAAAUUACAUUACUUUUCAACUACCAAACUUCAGUCUUGAUAUUGAUGAUGAUUAUAAUGAGCUCAUGCCAUUUUUAGAUAUUCGAGAUGUCGUUUCUGACAAAAGACCUCUUAAGGGUGUAGGAAUUUAUUGGAGAGGUCAAGAAGGUUAUGGAGGAUUUGUGGCUUUUAAACUUUUCGCAGAAAAUUAUACUACCUCUAUCAAUCAGUAAUUGAAUGGAUUGGAAAAAAAGUUUGAAAGCAAAUAAAUUUCGUUAUUAUAGGGUUUGAAUAUUAUUCACCAGUAAGAUCUUUUCACUUCAUAUUACUAUAACGCAUAAAAGCAUUUCAGAUGUGCGAAAAACUUUAUCAAUGAGUUCAACUUUUGUCAAUAGAUUGCAAGUCAAGCAUUGAAUAUUUUUAUCAUAUGAUUGGCUUAUGAAUAAUAUAGAUUUAAAGAUGAUAAAUAUUGUAAAUUGUUUUAAAGAGCUAAACUAUUCAAAUAAAAUUCGCAGAAGUAUAGUAUAGUAUUGAAUGGUAUAAAA